GGGACGCGUGCAGCCCUGCCCUCGGGGACUUCAGUCCAGCACGGGACCAGGUGGAAGGUUCCUACAGAACAGCCUGGCUUUCCCGGGCCGUCGGUGCUUCCUGGAGUUGCGGAAGUAAAAGAACUCUGCAAGUCGCCCCAUGCUCUCUGUUGACAUGGACAACAAAGGAAAUGGCUGUGUCGGUGUCAAAAAUUUUCUUCUCAGAGCAGAAGAGUAAACAUGGCCUCCAUUACUCCAUCAUGGCUGGAAGCAGGCAUCCCAUUCAAUCCACAUGGCUAUUUGUGACGAGGGAGAGAGAGAACAGUUGGGGCCUAAGUUCCAUGGAAAACGGGAGGCCUCCUGAUCCCGCAGACUGGGCCGUGAGGGACGUUGUCAAUUAUUUCCGAACAGCAGGGUUUGAGGAGCAAGCUGGUGCAUUUCAAGAACAGCCAUAGGAAUGAACAAUUUCUCAUUUGAAAUAACCAUCUGAGUAAGACGUAAUUUGAAACCUGAAGACUAGACAUUGUUUUCACCUGGCUCGUUGCU